ACCCCUAACCUUAACCCCUAACCUUAACCCUGACCAUCACUGGAACAUGAUCUCUUGUUCCAUCUCUAAUCACUUUGUUUAAUUACACAUCAUAACAUUUACUACUGAGUUUUUUAUAACAAGCAUUGUGUGUGUAUGUGUGCGCGUGUAAUGACAUUUAUGACCUGUAUGAAUGAAUGACAUCCAAGUUUAUGAAGUGAGAGUGAAGGGGCGGGGCUUCACAGGCAGGCGGAAUUUUAAUUGGUAGUGCACAUGGGAGGAUAACACGUGACACAACCCACCCCCUCUCUCAUUUCACACACGCAGUCACAUAUGGGCAGGGCUUGAGUUGAAGCAUAAGCCACUAGAUGGCAGCAACUCAGUAGUUGAACACACGCACACACGCACACACACACACAUUUACAUUAACGUUACUGUUUGUAUUAGUGUGUGUGUGUGUGUGUGUGUGUACAUUGUCUUUUCUAUUUCAUGCUGAACAUCUUUAAUUAAUCUUGUGACUAUUAAUUAAUUGAUUCACGCUUCACCCCCUAACCCCUGACCCCUGAAUAGUGCAGGAUGCAGUGAGUGUAGUGUGGCGAUCAGGAGGUCAUUAGCACGCGGCUGAUGUGAGAGGGAUUUACAGCGCGGCUUCAGCGGCCCGUGUGUGUGGAGGUGGGAUUGAUGAGAGUGAGACAGGUUUACUGCACACUUGUAAUGACGUCACAUCCCAUUCACACAGCUUUCACUACACACUGCACUCCUCACAGCAGGGAAUCAGCAAGCUGCUGGAAACUCUGUUCAACAAAGCAAACAAGGAAAUGAUUGGAAACUACCAUAAUCUUUAUCUUCAUCUUCAUCCUCCUCCUCAUCACGGUUUUGUGCACGAGCCUACUUUACCGUUCGCGGCGCGCUGUCACGAGGAUGCGCCUCAUCGUCAUCAUCAUCAUCAUCAUCAUCAUCCUCAUCCUCACCGCAGGCCCGGGGCUCGCGCAGGAGAAACCGGGCACGUUGAGCCUCGGCCCCGUCACCGGGUCGCGGUGUGUCCUCCGGAGCGCGCGCGCAGCAGCAGCUGUAGUAGAAAGCCUCGGGCGGAGCGGCGGCGCAGCGCGAGCUUGAACACGGCGUUCGCGGAGCUGCGCGAGCUCAUCCCGCACGUCCCCGCAGACACCAAACUCUCCAAAAUCAAAACUCUGAGACUGGCCACAGGGUACAUCGCUCACCUGACCGACAUCCUGCACGCGCACACCGGAGACACGGACACUGAUGAGGAUGAAACCGCAAGUCGGUCGCCUUUGGCAUGGAUGGAAGCUCCAGUUACGUCAGUAUCGCGGUGUUUACCAAGCGAGGCCCCGCCCACUCCGACUCCGCCCACUUUGACAGUGUGUCAGUCGUGUUGUGGGCGGAGCAUGGUUCAGGACUGUGAGGAGAUGAUGGAGGUGUGAAGGGCGGAGAUUCUGAUGGAGCUGAAUUAUUCUCAUUUCAAAAAGAUUUAACACUGAAUUGCAAUAAAUACAAAAUAUAUAGUUUUGUUUUGAUGUUUUUGUCAACAUGAGUACUCUGUGUGUGUGUGAAAUAAUAAUAAUAAUAAUAAUAAUAACCGUAAUUAUAAUAAUAACCAUAAACCUAAUAGUUUAUUAGUUAAACCUGUAUAAUAAUAACCUGUAUUAAUAUUAGAAUUAUUGUUGACAAUUACGUUUACUCUCUAACAAAAACUUUAUUACAUUAAAAAUAAAAUAUAAUGAUGUUAAACUCCA